GUUUUUGAGAGAUCAUAACUUGAUCGUGAGAGACUAAAGCUACUGGGGUAAAAAGUGGACCAUAUUUUUUUUAACUGCUCCAGAAGGAUCUGUAAAAUUCUACUAAGAAAAGUGCUUCUGAGAGUACAGGAAACCAUCAGCAAGAACUGUACGCCUACCUAGACACUACAGCCAGCACCCUAUACUUUCCAGUUCUGCAGCUGUUAAACUUAAAAAAAGUUUGCAUACUUGCAAGAGGAGAGAUUUUAUCCGUUUGCAAUCAGUGUUCGUGUUAUUGUUGCUUGGUGCAAAAGUCUAUAGAUAGGUUUUCUUCCCACGUCAGGCUGUCGCUACUCACAGAUUUUCGUAUGAAUCUACUUGAUCCUUUCAUGAAAAUGAACGACGAGCAGAAGUGCAUUUCUGACGCCCCCAGCCCCUCAAUGUCUGAGGAUUCUGCAGGGUCUCCGUGUUCACCGGGCUCGGGUUCGGAUACCGAAAACACCCGCCCUCAGGAAAACAGCUUUCUCAAGGGGGACGAUCAAGACAUAAAGAGGGAGAACGCUGACGAUGACAAGUUUCCUGUCUGCAUCAGGGAAGCCGUGACCCAGGUGCUGAAAGGUUACGACUGGACCCUGGUGCCCAUGCCAGUUCGGGUGAACGGCUCCAGUAAAAGCAAACCUCAUGUGAAGAGACCCAUGAAUGCGUUUAUGGUGUGGGCUCAAGCAGCUCGGAGGAAGCUCGCCGAUCAAUAUCCGCAUCUGCAUAAUGCUGAACUCAGUAAAACUCUGGGGAAACUAUGGAGAUUACUCAAUGAGAGUGAAAAGCGUCCAUUUGUGGAAGAGGCAGAAAGACUGAGGGUGCAACACAAAAAAGACCAUCCUGAUUAUAAGUAUCAACCACGGAGGAGAAAGUCGGUGAAAAAUGGACAGACUGAACAGGAAGAUGGAACAGAGCAAACUCAUAUCUCACCUAACGCCAUUUUCAAGGCUUUGCAGGCCGACUCCCCCCAUUCCUCUUCUAGCAUGAGUGAAGUGCAUUCCCCAGGAGAACAUUCAGGGCAAUCUCAAGGUCCUCCAACUCCCCCUACUACACCUAAAAACGAUGUGCAGAACGGGAAGCCAGAUCUUAAGCGAGAAGGUCGUCCUAUUCAAGAGGGUGGGAGGCAACCUCAUAUUGACUUUCGAGAUGUGGACAUUGGUGAGCUCAGCAGUGAUGUUAUCUCCACUAUAGAAACUUUUGAUGUCAAUGAAUUUGAUCAGUACUUGCCUCCCAAUGGCCAUCCAGGAAUUGCAGUGAGCCAUGGCCAGACAGGCCAGGUUACGUAUGCAGGCACCUAUGGUAUCAGCAGUACACCAGUCACUCAGGCCAGUACAGGUCAUGCUUGGAUGCCCAAGCAGCCACUCCAGCAGCAACAGCAGCAGCAGCAACCACAGCAGCAGCACCAUUCGUUAACUUCUAUUAGCAGUGAGCAAGGUCAGGCUCAGCAAAGGACUCACAUCAAGACUGAGCAGUUGAGCCCAAGCCAUUACAGUGAGCAACAGCAUUCACCUCAGCAGAUCAGUUACAGCCCGUUCAAUCUUCAGCAUUAUGGCUCUUCCUACCCAACCAUCACACGCUCAUAUGACUUCACAGACCACCAAAAUGGCAACUCUUAUUACAGCCACGCUGCUAGCCAGAGUUCCAGCCUAUACUCCACAUUCACUUACAUGGGUUCCACACAACGACCUAUGUAUACCCCCAUUGCAGACACCACAGGGGUACCUUCUAUUCCCCAGACCCAUAGCCCACAGCACUGGGAACAACCAGUCUACACACAACUUACUAGGCCGUGAAAAACAAACAAGAAAAGACUUUAAAGUGGCAUCAGACUUUAAGACAUUGAACUGAACAGCACAAAAAAAAAAGACAAAGCAGGCCACUGCACUUUACUGCUCCCGUAGAAACUGAAGCAGAGACACCAUGCUGAGGACAGAGCAAAUCUAGUUUGAGCAUUGUAAAACUGGACUCUUUACAUUGUUUUUUUAUGUUUUGUUCUUAUGUCAAGCAAACUGAUUAUGAGCUGGUUAACUUAGACAGGGCCUGUGUUUGUAUUUAAAGUUAUUUUUUAGCAUAUUAAUAAAAGCAAGCUCCUCUGUGAGGAUAAUAAUCUUUAUUUUAAAUAUUUUAGUAUGUACUGUGUAUGAUUCAUUACCAUCUGUUUUUUUUUUGUGGGGAUUUAUACAUAUGUGUACAAAUAUUAAGAAUUGCUCUUAUUUGUACUUUUUUUACUGCCUCAGUGUAUGCAGUCAAGCCACUCUGUAGUGAGGCACUCUGCUUGAGUUUUCUUAUUCUCAGAAUAUAUUUUUGUAUAGAGAAAAAAACUGUCUUGUACUUGUUUCCUCCGUUUGUACAUUCAUUUGCUUUCAUUUCCCAUAUUUGAAAUUGUCACUGCUGGGUUUACAGUUGGUGAAAAUAAAAAUACUAUUUUGUAGAGAUUCUUCAUGAAGUUGUACCGAAAUACUUGUCUGUACCAACUAGUGAUAAUAAUAAUUUGGGGACUAAUUAUUUUCACAGUAUAUUCUACCUGCCCAUCCAUAAUUGAUAUUUUAAUUCCAUAUUACACAAACUAAAGUCAGGUAUGAAUACUGAAUUAUUUUUCUGGAAAAGUUAUGGAUAAUGCUCGGCAAGUGGCCAGUACUUUAUGUAUACUACCUGGCAACUUCUUCCUGCCCCACCCUACUUCCCCUUUAGGCUACAUAUUUGAAACAGAUGCAAGACAUGGCCUUAACCCAUUGAGUACUGAAAUGCUGCAGCCCCAUGCGCCUUUUCAGCUGUUCGCUUGCAAUGUUGAAAUUAUUUAUUAGCGCUGCUUUGACUAUAGUUCUGUCUAACUUGAACAGCUGCCCUAGUCCUUUUUCAAAUAGUAAUGUGAAAUAAUGAAGUAUGGUGCAAAUUGUAACCAUUUUGUUUUAUUUAUCUUUUAAUGCUCUUUCUUUAUUGACACUAGCAUUUCCUUAAACUGCAUUCAUUGAAUUUGUACAUAUGUGCUAAUUCAUUUUCAUUUAAACGAUUGAAAUUAAGUAAGAGAUUGCCAUUUUCUGACAUACUCUUAGUGUUGCACUGAACAUAUAUGGUUUUGGCUUCAAUCGUUUCUUGUAUCAAUCAAUAUACAGAAACUCUUAGAAUGAUAUUUUGCAUUUGUUUCUAAAAUAGUCUUGUGACAUUCUUAUUUUUCAGACAGUUGUGGCAGACUUGUAAAAUAGUAAGAAAAUGAUUUUUCAUGAGAUAAUUAUAUUUGACAGUUUAUCUAAAAUGUAAAAUAAUAUGUUACAGGAAAUUUUAAGCACUCUCGUUUUCUGUUUCAUUUUGUAUUGUGUAUAAAAGCCAAACUUUUAAAAUAUUUCUCUUAACUUAAAAGACCUGUCAAUAAAUCACUUAUGUUGUCCUUAGAUGAGACCUGUGCCAGCAUUUCUCUUUUGAAAGAAACUUACCUUUUGUAUUUUAUUUGUUCACAAUAAACUUAAAAAUGCAGUAAAAUAAAACAGAUGGUAUUGCAUACUUCUUAACUGUAUAAUUGUCAGUUGUAUAUCUGAGUUUAACUGCGCCUUUUUAUGGUGCUUUUUACUUGCUUAUUUAAUCAAAUAUAAUGUCUACUGAAAAGUAAAUACGCUUACAUCAUCCCAUGUGUAAGUCAAUUACUUCUGUUUUCCAUGUUUUGUUGUGUAAGUACAUCUGAUAAACAUGCUUUAAAGUUACAUAUGCAGGCUUGUCCAGUAGGAUAAGCUAGUUCAAACUGGCUAACUCAAAUCCUCAGCUGUUGUGAAGCCAAUGGGACAUAGUUGGCACCAUUUAGGAGGUAAACUAAUUGUCGGUUUGCAGCUGACUCUGAGGUUUCACUUAGGCUGCUAGUAACAUUUGGGUUUUCAUGGCUUAUAUUUGGAGGCAAGCGUGCGCGCACACACACACACACACACUAGUAAUCCUUUUUGUGUAAUUGUUGAUGCAUUAUGUGUUGUCUGGGCCUAUGCCACGGCGCAGAAGUUGGCCUGCAGGGGAAAGAUGGAGAUGAAGAGAUUAUAAGAAGGAGCAAAAUAACCUGUCUGCACUUCCUUCAAAACACUUUACAAGUCAUUCUGUUUUGUCAUUGUGUACGUUUUCCAUAUACAUUCCUUUUUUUGCAUCAAACUGUAUUACCCAUUCAUGUUUUACAUGAAAGUAACAAAUGGUGGCUUAUGAAUAAAAAACGUAAAAAGUU